AUGAUUGAAAGUGCGUGCGCGGACAACACAACAGCUGAAACGGAGCGUACGCAUACGGAAAUUGCCAAAGACGAUGUCGAUAUCGCCCGCUCGGAAGCGACUUUUCGUUACACAGUCCAAAACAUAAGCCAGCUCAAAGAACAAGUACUAUCGCCACCGUGCUACGUGCGAUGUCUCCCUUGGAAGAUCCUAGUCCUGGUCAGAAACACGAGCACCCCAGAGAGACAGCAACAGAAGGCAUUAGGUAUUUUCCUGCAGUGCAAUGGAGACUGUAAUUCGCCAGGGUGGUCAUGCUACGGCCUGGGGGAACUCAAGCUGCUGUCUUAUAAACCGGAUGGAGAGCAUAUAUGCCGGAAGCUUCAUCAUAUGUACCAUUGCAAAGAAGAUGAUUGGGGCUUUGCGCAUUUUUUAUCGUGGAAGGAUCUGAUGGACGAGGAAAAUGGUUUCGUGAAGGACGACACCAUCACCAUAGAGGCUCAUGUCAUUGCUGAAGCCCCGCACGGGGUGUCUUGGGACUCGAAGAAACAUACGGGUUAUGUCGGCCUCAAAAACCAAGGCGCAACGUGCUACAUGAACUCGCUCUUGCAAACUUUAUUCUUUACAAACGUACUCCGAAAAGCCGUUUACAAAAUCCCGACCGUCGGCGACGACAGCUCGAGAUCAGUCGCGUUUGCGCUACAGCGGGUAUUCUACGACCUCCAGUUCUCAGAGAAACCUGUAGCUACGAAGAAACUAACUAAAAGCUUCGGCUGGGAGACUUUGGACUCGUUUAUGCAGCAUGACGUUCAGGAGUUCCUACGGGUGCUUCUAGACAAGCUGGAGAACAAGAUGAAGGGGACUGCAGUCGAAGGCACUAUACCUAAAUUAUUCGAAGGAAAAAUGACUUCAUUUAUCAAGUGCAAGAAUGUAAAUUGCACGAGCGCCCGCGUCGAGACCUUCUACGAUAUUCAGCUUAGCGUUAAGGGAAAAAAUGACAUAUACGAAUCGUUCAAAGACUACAUAAGCACAGAACUGCUAGACGGCGACAACAAGUACGACGCGGGCGAGCACGGCCUCCAAGAGGCAGAUAAAGGAGUACUCUUUGACGAGUUCCCACCCAUUCUACAUUUGCACUUGAUGAGAUUCCAGUACGAUCCGCAAAGCGACACAUCUAUUAAAUUUAACGACAGGUUUGAAUUCUAUGAGACAGUGAAUUUAGACGCGUACCUCCAAGAGGUCCCUUCAAAUCCUGCGCACUACACGUUGCACGCGGUCCUCGUCCAUUCUGGGGAUAAUCACGGGGGACAUUACGUUGUCUUCAUCAACCCUAAAGGGGAUGGGAAAUGGUGCAAGUUCGACGACGACGUAGUUUCCCGUUGCACUAAGCAAGAAGCCAUCGAGUACAACUUUGGUGGGAAAGAGGACGCGCCGUACUUAGCCAGACGAGCCACAAGUGCCUACAUGCUUAUCUACAUCCAAACGUCGCAGCUAAAGUACGUGUUACAAGACGUCACAGAGAACGACAUGCCGGCAGACCUCUGCGAGCGAAUCAACGAAGAAAUGCGCUACGAGAUGGCGGCAGAAAAGUAA